AUGGAUUCCAGAUUAGAGGAUGCGAGAUCCUUCAGAUCAGAAAUCGUGUUCACGCUCUUCAGCGAUCUCGGCGGCGAAUUAGAGAAUCCUGUAGGCUGCAUCCGCUUGGAAUUCGACGCGACUGCGCUGCCAUUUUUGUUGCUCUUCUUCUUCUUCAGAGCCGAAGCGAUUUCGGCAAGUCCGUCCAGAUUGAAGUCGAAUUUGACUGCGGGAGACUCCGCCGGCGACAGAGAGCGGCUCCUUUUCCCAGGCGCUGCGGUGGACGGAGGUGCCAGAGGUGUUGCUAGAAGCACCGCCGCAGAUGAUUUCCUGGUCGACCUCUUCCUCAUCUCUUGUUCUCCCUCAACCGUGUGCUGCUGCGAUUGA